UAAAAAGGAAGGCUUUUGUCUCUCAGUGCAAAGGGGUCCAAGUCUCCUUCGUCUUAUCUGCUUCUUUUUAGUUUCCUUCAAACUUCAUCCUUUAAAAGCCAUUAUGAGCAACCUUAAGCAAAUGCAAAGUGGUGGUGGAGGCAGCAGAGGCUUUAGCGUCUGUUCACUUGGUGGAGGAAGAUCAGGUGGCUCCCGUUCUUCAAGCUUUGCAUCACAAAGUCUUCAUAACGCCCAAUGCCUUGGUGGACGAAAGAGAACCUCAGUUGCUUCAUCUGUUCGUGUUGGGUCUAGCUAUGGUGGAGGAGCAUUUGGUGGUUCAGGAGGAUUUGGUGGUGGCGCAGGAGGAUAUGGUGGUGGUUCAGGAGGAUAUGGUGGUGGCGCAGGAGGACAUGGUGGUGGUGCAGGAGGACAUGGUGGUGGUGCAGGAGGACAUGGUGGUGGCGCAGGAGGAUAUGGUGGUGGUGGUUCAGGAUUUGGUGGUGGAGUAGGCUUUGGUGGAGGUGCAGGAGGAUAUGGAGGAGGACAAGGAGGAGACCCUGGCUUCCCCGUGUGUCCUCCUGGUGGCAUCCAGCAAGUGAGCAUAAACCAAAGCCUUUUGAAACCACUAAAUGUGGAAAUAGAUCCAAACAUCCAAAAAGUGAAAACUGAAGAAAGAGAACAGAUCAAAACCCUGAACAACAAAUUUGCAAGUUUCAUCGACAAGGUUAGGUUCCUGGAACAACAAAACAAAGUACUAGAGACAAAAUGGCAUCUUUUACAAGAACAAGGGAGCAAAGGUGGUUCCAAAAAAAACAACUUAGAACCACUGUUUGAGAAUUUUAUAAACAUUCUGAAUAGGCAGCUUGAUAGUCUAUUGAGUGAGAAAGGACGUCUGGAUAAUGACCUAAAGGGUAUGCAAGAAAUGGUAGAAGACUACAAGAAAAAAUAUGAAGAUGAAAUUAAUAAGCGUACAGCAGCAGAAAAUGAAUUUGUGGUGCUUAAAAAGGAUGUGGAUGCUGCAUUUAUGGUCAAAACAGAUUUGGAGAUCAAGGUGGACUUGUACACAGACGAGUUGAACUUCUUGAGGACACUUUAUGAUGCUGUAAGAAUGCCGUCUAAUGUAUUUAAACAUACAAUGUCUGGACAAGUAGUCAGCAAUGUGAGCGUCUCUGUAGUUGGUGGAGGUUCUUCUGCCGGAGGAAGUGGAUUUGGAAGUGGAUAUGGUGUUGGAGGAGGAAGUGGAUAUGGUGUUGGAGGAGGAAGCGGAUUUGGUGUUGGAUUUGGUGUUGGAGGCGGUGUUGGAGGAGGAAGCGGCUAUGGUGUUGGAGGAGGAAGCGGAUAUGGUGGAGGAGGAAGCGGAUAUGGUGUUGGAGGAGGAAAUUGCUAUGUCGGUGGAGGCCAAGGAUCUGGCAAUUACAACCAAUCAUCUACAAAAUCCUCGGUAGCUGUGUCAAAAACAGUAACAUCCUCAGUCAAGCAAUCCUAUUAA